GACCUUUCUGGAGUUCAGUCUACCGCCGAUGCACUUCAUUCAAAAUCAAAUAUGGCGGCCGAGUUUGAGGAUCAUUUUCCAAGACUCGAAGAUUUAUGCAUAAGAUUCGUAUCUGCCAAGGGAAACCUCUGGAAUCCUAAAGUUUUCUUAGGAAUUCCUAGACAUCUACUUCUUCCAAUUUUGGAGAAAUUCCAACCUUUUGAUGUCGAGAGGCUUGAAGUCACUGGCAUUUUUCAAACUGUUGGACUUGACACAGAUCAACUUUGGAAAAAGUUUUACUUGCAUUGCUGGCCAAGAAAGAGUAAAUGGCCAGAUGUUUAUUUUACCAAAAAGGGGAUUCCAAAGGGAGGUGAGAGUUGGCGUAUCUGUUAUCUCCAAAGAUGUCUUCAAGAUUCCCUCAACUGCCAAGGUGAUCCUGAUAAAGAGAGAAGUUGCUCUUCUCGUGCAGAUUUCAAUGCGGACUGUAUCCCUUGUGACAGUGUUGUUCCUUCCAAAAACCAAAGCCUCAAAAACACUGUUGCACUUUGUGGAAGAUAUGCAACAUACUUGCGACUUUACAACUCAGCGGUCAUCUUACUGUUUGAGAAUCUGGACCUCUGUUUCAAACUUGUGGAUUAUAUAGAAUUUCUUGAGGUUUUCCUCUUAAGAAACAAUGGAGUCAAUCAGCUGUGUCAUCUUCUUCAGCUAUUAACUUCAAGGAGACUAAAAUCUGUUGGAUUUUGUUUUUCCAAAGUUUCGGGUGCAGAAUUAUGGGACAGGAUCUUUGACUCCUUGUCAACCAAAGGUCUUCCCAAUCAAACUUACGAAGAAGAAGACAACUUUAUCAGCACAUGUACAUGUACUUCCAGCCCAACCUCAAAACAUAAAGCACUCAUUGGAGAAAGCAAAUUGUCUGCCAAGCAAACUUGUAAUCAGUCAAAUUGUGGACACAGGAAGACUGCCUCAGAUGAAAUCUCAGGAGUUCAAGUUGAUUCUCUCUUGAAUGACUGUACAGACUUAAAUAAAGAAAUUACCCUUGAAUCUUCUCAUAAGAAUGAUGAUAUUGAUAUUUAUGCCUUUGAUGAGUGGAAUGACCUGCCUAAAACCCCUGAAAGUACUGUAAGCGUCUCUUUUAGAGGUUUCAAGGAGGGUGUAGGCGAUACUAAUUAUGUUUCACUGAGUUCAGAUCUCUAUGAUGAAGUUUUUGGUCAAAGCACCUGUAGACAGCCAAGUGACAUCAUGCCUACUAAACUUUUCCCUGGUGAAAUCCAAGGAUUGCAGCAAUCUUCAGAACCAUGUACAUGGGAUUCCACAAUAACCUGUUUUCCAAGGCAGACUUGUUUCCUGGUUCAUUUUGAGUUGGUAGGGUUUAGGCUUUACUCUGACCUUUUUGCAAUGUUUGUUCACACUCUUAAAACUUGGUUGGCCCUAGAAACAAUCAUUCUUCAAGAUAAUGGUCUUGAUCUUGUGUCAACACCUGGCAGGGAGUUCAUAGAAACACUUAGUUUUCUCUGCAAUAACGGAAGACUACAGAGUCUCCAAAUCACUGAUAACCCAGUUAGUGAUGACUUCACAAAACUCCUUUUUGAAAGACUUGUGGUCUCAUUGUGCUGUAAAUGUCACAAGGAUUGUAAUUGUAGUCUCAGAUAUUUAACCAAAUUGAAAUUCUCUUCCAACAAAGUUUCACCAGGUACAUCUGUGUAUUUUGGGAAGUCACUAGGAGAUGUAUGUCGAUGUAAUGUACCAGUAAGCAAGCAGUUUUUGGAAAAGAUGUUUGAUUCAGUAUUACCAUCAAGCGACUCUGCUAUGAGCACUGAAGAUUUGACUCACAAAUCCUUUAGUGAGCUGAAGAAUUCAUAUGUCAGUCAUUGUUUGGCUUGUCAGAGUGGUACCAGUGGCCGGAAAGUAACUUAUUCAACUGGCAGUUACAAUCAUGGUACCCAGAAACUACCGGUAGGGUGCAAAAUAAAUACUGAACCAACAGAGCCCACUGGAUCAACUGAAAGUUUCUCCCAAAAUAAGAACCCUUUGCUGUCUAAAAGUGGCAAAUGUGAUGUGUUUGUUGGCAUUCAAGUGAUGAAGUUGAGUUGUGUGGUUGGGCAGAAAGGUGCAACUUUCAUUGCAGAAGGACUAAAAAGAAACAGCACUCUUCAUUCCCUAAGUUUGACAGACUGUGACAUCAACACUGUUGGUCUUGCUAAGAUAUUCCAGGCAUUAUCAGAUAACAGUUCUGUGGAACAUUUGUGUGUAAAGGGCAAUCAUUAUGAUCCUGAAAGUGAUAACAGCCUUGCUGAGAUGCUUUCAUCCAAUAAUACAAUAACUGCACUGGACAUGAGCAGUUGUCAACUCAGAGGUUUAAGUAAAAACAUAAUUAUGGCACUGUGUGUUAACAAAACUCUGACCACCUUGAAGUUGGGAAGGAAUGGAUUACGUAAUAAUCAUGUAACUGCUGUGUUUGAAGUUUUCUCUCAUCCCAGCCAGCUAUCCAAAAUUGUGAAAUUAGACCUGAGUUUUAACCACAUCUCACCAGAAUCCCUGUCAGUAUUAGUUUCUUCACUUCAAAGCAUCAAGCCCAGAACACUUGAUGAACUCAAACUGACCCCAACUCUUCCUUGCUCAGGAUUCCAACAAGUUUUGCCAAGUCUGCAGUCAGUGGUAAAAAAUGUGAUGGUCAUUGACUACUUGCAUCAUGGCACUUUAUUUGCUGAUUAUGUCAGCCAAAUGUGAUCAGAGGAGUCUGGGAAUAUUUUCAUGAAUUUCCAAACUGUGUUCAGCAUAAGUGGUUUUAGUAUAAUUUCAGAGCUGAGCAAAGAGUUUCCAGCAAUCUGAUUGGUCGAGCGGUUCCUUAUAUGACG